UUGAUUUUAUAUUCAUGCAUCACAUUUUUCAUCAAAUGCGUAUCUUGAAUCUAUCCUGUAGAAACGAGUCGGCAAAAAAAUGAAUAGAAUUACGAUUCUCAAAGAUGGAUAUUCACAAAUUAUCGAAAAUGAUCCUCGAGGAGAUGUCAUGAAGGCAAAUUGUACUUGUACUCUCAUUCAAUGUGAAACGGGCGAGAACAUCAUCGUUGAUAGUUUAGAUGCUUGGAGUGCAAGCACUUUACUCGCAGCUCUUAAAGAAGUCAACAUUGAACCUGAUCAAAUAAACUUUUGUAUCAGCACACAUUGUCAUCCUGAUCAUUUGGGAAACAACAAUCUCUUUCUCAAUGCCCGACAUAUCGUUGGUCAAACAAUUUCGCAACGUGAUGAGUACUUUAUGCACGAUUUCUCGAAAGAACCAUUUGCGGUAACUUCUGAUGUUCAUGUUUUAGCUACGAAGGGACAUACGAACACUUGUGUAUCUGUAAUUUGCAAAAAUUCAAUAUUUGAUGGCAAAACAGUUGCAAUUGUGGGAGAUUUAUUUGAGAACGAAAAAGACAUAGAUGAUCCAUCUAUUUGGAGAGAAGCUGGAAGUGAAUCAAUAGAGGAUCAAAUGAAAAACAGGCUCAUAAUUGCAACAUUGUCAGAUUACAUCGUACCGGGACAUGGAUCAAUGUUUAAAGUUACGCCAGAAAUGAGAGACAAAUUAGAAAACCAAUUGAAAACUUUAGAUCGAAACAUCAUCGGUUAAGUAAUUGAACUUGUUUUUUUUUAAAUAAAAUUUUCUUUGAAACAUUUACAUCAGAUUCUCAAAAAACUUCUUCCUCUUUUAUGUGUUAUUUUUUUU